AUGAAAAACCAGACGAACCCAAUUAAUUAUCAGCCAUCCCUGCCUACUUCAGAGUCCUCUUUUCCCACACUAGCCAUUGCUAUUCUAUGCAUCAUGGCCACUGCUUUCUUACUAGUUAGCUACUACAUCGUUGUGACCAAGUGCUGCUCAAACUGGCACCAAGCUAAUCUGCUGAGAUGGUUUUCUACAUUGCGAGCAAGACAUCGUGAAGAUCCCUUUAUAGCUCUCUCCCCAUCGAUUUGGAAUCAUGGGCUUGACGAAUCGGUCAUUAGUGAAAUCCCAAGUUGUCAAUUCAAAGGAGAAGGUAAGGCCAGAAGUGUCUGCUGCGUGGUUUGUUUGAAUGAGUUUCAAGAAGAGGAUGUGCAAAGAGUUCUUCCCCAAUGCAGCCAUGCAUUUCACUUAGAUUGCAUUGAUAUAUGGCUUCAAAGCAAUGCAAACUGUCCUCUUUGCAGAUUAAGCAUUUCUGGCACGAGCCGGUCUGGGAUUGAUCGUAUCAUUGCUCCAAGCUCUUCACCACAAGACUCUCAGAUCUCGCACAAUAGCCUCAUGAGUAGUGAUGAAGACUUCGUGGUGAUUGAAUUGGGGGGAGAAGAUGAAGUUGCAUUGCUACAAAGGCAACAAGGGAGAAACGAUUCACUAGAUGUUCCAGUGCAGCCUAAAAAUCAUUCACCAAUGAAGUUGGAAAAGAAGCUUGGAAAGUUAAAACCAAGAAAUUUGCAGCAUGUUUCAAUCAUGGGAGAUGAGUGCAUUGAUAUAAGAGAAAAAGAUGAUCGGUUUUCUAUUCAACCCAUCAGAAGAUCUUUCUCAAUGAACUCUGCAUCUGAUCAACAGGUUUACUUAACCGCUCAAGCAAUCAUUCAACAGAAAAGACAUCGCCAUCGUAUUGAGGUUAGUACAAGUGCAGAUUGUGAUGGCAGAAGCCCAAGGAUCCAGAAAAGCAAUUCUUCUUCCUAUUAG